AUUUUCUGCCUUGUCUAAUUCGAGUUGCGACGCUGCGCGGAUAUUCAACAUCGAGCGCGAUUUACACACAACUACCUUCCCUACCUUACUCCUGCACCGCCUCGCUACUCCGGCCCUACCCAGACCGACCAAUCUUCCGAAUUCUCGAAAUUUUGCUCUCGAAUUUCUCCGUUUCCCAGCUCUCAGGGGUCGCGUAUAAUAGCCACAAGCGCGCCGCUUCCAUGUGCUUCAUAUUAUACACGCUCCACUCGUGCAACCACUGGGUUGCGCAGCCGUCGCCGGGGAACGGGCCGGUGCUCAGAAUCUGUCAAGAGGCGGAGCAGAUGCGGCUGGGGCGGCCGUGUCCCGACACGGAGCACAAGGUGGCGAACCGGAGUCAGGGCAUGUGCGAUGGUUGUUUGUGGAAGAAGGUGACUAAGUAAAGGACGGGAGUCUGGGACUGCGGGCGGUCUCUGGGGAAUUCAAUAAGAAGAUGAGGAAGGGGUUUUUGAGAGAUUAUUUAUUAUAACCAGAUGGGGCGGGUAAUGGUAAUAUUCUCUUUUGAGCGAGAGAGGGGAAAGACUGGAAUCUGCAGAGGAGUGGGAUGA